CAAUGGGGGAGACAGCUUUGCACAUCGCAGCCAUGCACGAUAACAACAAUGCAGUGAUGGCACUCCUUCGGGUGGCUCCUGAGCUCAUCAACAUUUCCAUCACGGGCAAGGUGUAUGAAGGAUUGACAGCCCUUCACAUUGCCGUGGCAAAUGAGAAUGCGAGUCUAGUGAAAGAAUUGAUCAGCCGAGGAGCGGAUGUGGCCACAUCUCGGGCGACUGGAACCUUCUUCAGGCACAGUAGAGGGAGCAUCGCGUACUAUGGAGAACACCUAUUGUCCUUUGCCGCUUGUGUUGGAAACAAAGAGAUAGUCCGAAUUUUUAUUGAAAAUGGAGCGGACAUUGCAGCACAAGAUUGCUUGGGUAAUACUGUCCUACAUGUUCUGGUGCUGCAGCCAAACAGUGUCCUUGUCCCACAAAUGUAUGAUUUAAUUCUGUCCUAUGAUGACCCUGAGAAUGAGAUUCCAGUUGACAUGAUCAUCAACAAGAAUGGCCUGUCUCCCAUCAAGCUCUCUGCAUCUGAAGGAAACAUUCAGAUGUUCCAGCACCUGUUGAUGAGGAAGGAGCUGGAUGCCCCGAGGACCUAUGGUCCUCUGUGCACCAUGUACUACAACCUCUCCGAGAUCGACUCGUGGGGCGAUGACAACUCAGUGUUGCAGCUGGUGAUCUCUAGUGAAAACAAGGAGGCACUGAAGAUUUUCCGCCUUUCCCCAAUGAAAGAACUCAUCCUCUUGAAGUGGAAUAACUAUGCAAUAUAUUAUUUCCGGAUCUUGGCUUUCCUCUACCUUAUUUACAUCACCAUCUUCACAUUCUGCUGCACUUAUCGGCCACUUAAACCAAGACCUGACAAUGCAACCAGUGAGAAGGACUCCACAAUAUACAUUGAGAGAACAUUACAGGAAAGCUACGUGACCAGUGAAGACCACUUGCGAUUGUUGGGCGAGAUUAUCAGCGUAUUUGGAGCAAUUGCCAUCCUGUUUUUGGAGGUUCAUGAUAUAUUGAGAUAUGGACCGAAGAAAUACUUUGGAAGGACGGCGCUAGGUGGGCCUUUUCACGUCAUCAAUAUCUGCUACGGCGUUAUGGUCUUGACUGUGCUGGUGUUGCGACUGGCCUCCCUGCCUGGUGAGACGGUUCCCAUGUCCUUGGCCCUCAUCCUUGCCUGGUGUAACCUGAUGUACUUUGCCAGAGGCUUCCGGUUGAUGGGACCAUUCACCAUUAUGAUCCAAAAGAUAAUAUUUGAGAUUAUACUGCCAUUCCUGGUGCUGAUGCUGAUUGUGCUCUUGGCUUUCACAUUCAGUACCCACUUGUCAUUCCAAGUCUUGGAUCCUGAAAAGUGGGAACGCUUCGUGGAUUUCAGCACAGUUCUGUUCACCAUGUACCUCCUCUUUUUUGGUCUGGUCAACAUGCCACUCAAUUGGGAAGUGAAUCAGCCCGACAUGGCACGGCUCCUGUACGCCAUCUACACCCUGCUUGCUUUUGCCAUCAUGGUUUUCCUUGUUAUCCACAUAAUGGGAGAACUGAUUCGACGGAUCGCAAAGGAGCGUGAGGACAUUUGGAGAGCACAGGUUGUCGCAACAGUUCUCCUUCUUGAGCGCCGACUUCCAAGCUGCUUGUUUCCUCCUUUGGGAAUUUGCGGAAAAAAGUAUGGACUUGGAGACAACUGGUAUAUUCGGGUGGAUUUCAGGAUUGAUAACACUGUCUUGGAGAUCCCUCCUAAAGACAAAAGUGUGGAGACAAAAGGACAGGAGAAAAGGAUCGAGAAAGAAGAGCCAUCAGUCAAAAGCGAAAGCAAGCAGAGGACUCACCAGACAUGCCACAUGGUGAGGAAGAGAAGGAUACGCCAGAACCCUGGUGACCUGUACAAUAUGAGCUAUGAUGAAGCCUGAAUUAUUAUGUCCCCAGGACAUUUAAUAAAUAGUUUUCUACUUGUUUUUCUUCCAUUCUGUAUCAUCCUAGUCUCCAGCCAACUGGUUGGUGGCCUCAUUUUACUUUAAUGUUUCACUUUAGAGAUAUAACGUGGAAACAUGCCCUUCAGGC